CAUACAUAAAUAGCCACCUUUUCCUCUUUCCAACAAAAAAAAAAAGCUUAGUAUAUAGCACUAGUUUCAGUAGAUCGAUCACUAACAAAGAAAAAACUAUAUAUUGACAAAAAAAAGAAAAAAAGAAAGCCAUGAAGCUCCACUCACUUCGUGUGGUGAUCCUUGUUCUAGCGCUUCACCUUGCGCUGCAACAAACCCUAGUAGUUGAGAUGGUAAACGCGGCGACGACGACGACAAUGCCGACCGUGCCGGCCGUCAUCGUGUUCGGGGACUCCAUCGUUGACCCGGGCAACAACAACGUGAUCAAGACGAUCAUCAAGUGCAAUUUCCCCCCGUACGGCGUCGACUUCGCCGACCACAGGCCGACCGGAAGGUUCUGCGACGGCAAAAUCCCUACCGACUUUAUAGCUUCUAAGCUUGGAGUGAAGGAGCUGCUACCGCCGUAUCUGGGCACGAAUCUAAAUCCUCAAGACCUUCUCACCGGCGUAAGCUUCGCUUCCGGCGGCACCGGGUUCGACCCUCUCACUCCAAAGAUCGCGUCGGUGUUAUCGAUGCCGGAUCAAUUGGAGCUCUUCAAGGAGUACAAAGAGAAGUUGAAAUCGAUUGCAGGGGAGAAGAGGGCUUCAGGAAUAGUUUCCCAGAGCCUUUAUGUGGUUUGUGCAGGGAGUGAUGAUGUGGCCAACACUUACUUUAUCACUCCCUUUCGGAAGACACGCUAUGACAUUCCUUCUUAUGCCAACUUGUUGCUGAACUCGGCUUCAUCUUUUAUUGAGGAUUUAAUCGGUUUAGGCGCUCGAAAAAUCGGCUUUGUGGGGAUCCCUCCAAUUGGAUGUGUACCAUCCCAAAGAACCCUAGCGGGAGGGGCUCUAAGAAACUGUGCAGGGGGGCACAAUGAGAUAGCAAACUUGUACAACAAUGGCCUUAUCAAGGAGAUUGAGAGGAUUAAUAAGAAGCAUCGACACAAUGAAAAUUCUACUGUGGUCUACAUUGACAUCUACACUAUACUUUUCGACAUGAUUCAGCGCCCGAAUCAUUACGGAUUCAAGGUUUCGAACAAAGGGUGCUGCGGCACAGGAGAUGUCGAGGUCUCGGUCUUAUGCAAUGGAUUAACUUCGACGAUUUGCGAAGAUGUUUCAGAGUACGUGUUCUGGGACAGCUACCACCCUACACAGAGAGCGUACGAGGUUCUCGUCGACUGGGUCAUCAAAAAUUACAUCGACCUCUUAUUCUAGAGCACGACAUUUUAAUUUCUUCGCAAAUUCGAUGAAAUGAAACGAUCGUUUAUUUUGAAAAUAAAAAGAAAAAAAGGUAUGAGAGAGAAUCCAAUAUUAUCCGAGAACCAUUGAGUAGGUCCUAAUCCACAUUUCUUUUUAUGCUUGUUAAUUGCUACAUGUGGAUUUAUGCAUUUCGACAAGAUGUUCUCAUUAUAUAUCUUGUAUUGUUUGUUAUAUAGUAGUAAUUAAUAGGAACAAAAUUUGCAUUUGGUUUGGUUAUCAAUA